GAUCUUUUGUGAUGUCGUAAAGUUGACUUCUAUGGUAUAAAAGUGUUAAAAACAUAUUUUCCUUCCUUCUUCGCAGUUGCGUCAAAUGUGUUUCGUGUUUGUUUAUUGCAAAAUAUUACACCGGGAAACAGUGCUACGUUAAUGCUUUUGAGAUUGUCAUAGCAAAGAAUAUUUUGUGUUUUAUCCAAAACUUUUAUUAUUAAGCAUAAAAUGAGCCAACCAGUAAAAGAUUUCGAAGUUAACUCUGAUCCCACCUUAUCAAACACUGCUCUACCUCAUAUAGAAGGUCCAUCGUUUAGAAAUCCGAUGCCAUCUACUUCAAAUGGUAACAUUGGGCCACCAGUUCUUCCACCGCGCCCUGAUUUUGGAAUGCAGCCCAGUUAUAAUAUGAAUCCUGGUUACUCCUAUGGUAUGGGUGGUAUGAAUGGUUCGUACGGGAUGGGAGGAUAUGGUGGUUUUGGAUAUGGAGGAAUGAAUGGUGGUUAUGGAAUGGGAGGAAUGGGGAUAGGCAUGGGUGGUCCAUAUGGAGGAUACAAUAGAUAUGGACCAAUGUAUGGUGGAGAUAUUGAAAGCAGAUUCAUACAAAUGGCAGAAGAGAAUUCAAGGCCAGCAUUUGAUUCAAUACAGAGUUUAGUAAAUGCUGUUGGCAGUAUUGCUAUGAUGUUGGAGAACACAUUUUUUGCAUUGACUAGCUCUUUUAGAGCUAUACUGGGUGUAGCAGAAAACUUUGGCCGUCUCCGAUCUUUGUUUGCACAAUUCUGGUCAACAUUUGCAGUUGUCCGUACUCUGAACUGGCUGGUGAGGAAAUUAUUGGUCAUCCUUGGCAUCAGAACGGAAAAUGAAUUCAAGGCGUGGGCGGACGCAGUGGCUGCGACACAGUCGGGCACGGCAACUGCGGAGCAAAAGGCCAAGGGUUCCAGCUGGCCAAUACUAUUGUUCUUCGGAGUUAUAGCGGCAGCCCCAUACAUUGUACUAAGAAUGCUCAAUGGAUUAUCUUCUAGCAUUAAUGAGAGAUUGAAUGAUCCAACAUCAUGGCAGAAUCCACUCCGUGCCAUUGCCCAAUACGAUUUUCAAGCAACAUCACCACAGGAGAUCAGUUUCAGUGCCAACCAAGUCCUGAUCCUUGCGCCACAACAUUUGCAAGGGAAUCUCUGGAACUCUGGCUGGCUGAUGGCUACCGCAGACAGACAAUUUGCAGGACUUGUCCCUGUUAAUUAUAUUAAAGUUAUUAGACCUAACAACGGCGAAGUAACUCAUAACGAUACUGUAGAAAAACCAAUAGAAUCAAAUCCGGAAGAUUUAGAUAAAAUAUUUAAACAAGAGUUGUGAAUGCAUUUUGUGACUUGAUACUUUGAAUAUAAAGUCGAUUUUUCAA